CCUGCUCUCCUCUCCCUCUGUGUCUGCACGUCCGGCUCAGCCCCCGAGACUGGCCGGGGAAGCGAAGCUCGGGGCGAGGAUCGGUGCAGAAGAAGCCGAGCGAGGACAAAGGCGGGAGGGGGGCCGCGGCGGCUGCACCCCAUUCAAGCGCCCCCGAGAUGUUCUCGCGGAGGGGUCAUGCGGAUGUCAAGAAGUCCGCGCAGAAGGCGCUGGACCCGCGGAAAGAGCCGCUGACUCGCCUCAAGCACCUUCGGGCUUUGAUGGAUGCUAUGGAUGGAAGUGAACUCAAACAAUUCUUUGAGAUCAAUUAUUCUCAAAUUUAUCUUAUCUUCUAUGAAAGUUUUGUAACACUGGAAACCAGUUUGAAACAAAAAGGAAAUAAAUCCCAAAGAGAAGAGUUGGAUUCCAUUCUUUUUCUUUUCGAAAGAAUACUACAAUUAUUACCUGAGAGAAUUUUCUAUCGAUGGCAUUUUCAUAGCAUAGGGUCAAUUUUGAAGAAACUUCUGCACACUGGAAACUGCCUUAAGAUAAGAUGUGAAGGAAUACGAUUAUUUCUUCUUUGGUUGCAAGCUCUCCAGACUAAUUGUGCAGAAGAACAGCUGUUAAUUUUUGCUUGUCUUGUGCCUGGUUUUCCUGCAGUGGUAUCUUCAAAAGGUCCAUGUACACUCGAUACCCUCAUCAGCCCUCCUUCUAAUCUUCCUAAUGGUUAG